CUCUGUAGCCGGGCUCAGGCGGGAGAAUGGCAGGCCUGUGGAAAUCCUACCAAGUCCUGAUGACCAGAUACCCGCUGACUGUGCAGAUAGUGACUGCUGGGUCUUUAGUGGGCGUCGGCGAUGUCAUCUCCCAACAGGUGAUUGAGAGAAGAGGACUGGCUCAUCACAACAUGUGGCGGACGGCCAGGAUGAUGAGCAUCGGCUUCUUCUUCGUGGGUCCAGUAAUCAGCAGCUGGUACAAAGUGUUGGACAAGCUGGUGGUUGGAGGAACUAAAAGUGCUGCCAUGAAGAAAAUGCUGGUUGACCAGUUGUGCUUCGCUCCGGGUUUCCUGGGAGCGUUUCUCGGCAUCUCCGGCGCUCUGAACGGACUGACGGUGGAGGAGAACGUCAGCAAGCUCAAGAGGGACUACACAGAUGCUCUGAUCUCCAAUUAUUACCUGUGGCCCCCAGUCCAGAUUGCCAACUUCUACUUCAUUCCACUACACCACAGGUUGGCCGUCGUCCAGAUUGUUGCUGUUGGUUGGAACUCCUACCUGACCUGGAAGGCCAAUAAGAUGUGAACGCUGAUCGCAAGUCCGGCCUGUGUUGCUGUUGAUGAUGAUGAGGAUGAUGAUUUACACUCAUUUGUAGUGUGUGUGACAUGGGCCGUUCUGGUCUAACUUACUUCAUGCUACUUAGUCUUCUGAUAUUUCCAAUGUGUAAAACUGUGACUGAGUCAGUGAUGAAGGUCGGGAGAAAGUGCUCGUCUACUCUGAAUGACACAUUCACACUUGAAAGUCAAACUUGCAUUUGCAGAAAUGUCUGUGAAAGUUUGUUAUUUAUGGAAAUGGGAUUUGGCAGUGGUGCUGCAGUGUAGCCACACAUACGCACACAUACACACACACUCAUACAUUUACACCUACUGGCUGCAGAGGAAACUUUUGUAAUGCGGUUAAUGUAUUGUUAAUCACUUGAAAUCACUGUGGUACAGAAUAGUUUUUUUACACAUUAAUAUUACCAUGUUCUGUCUUAUAAUGAAGGAACUUGAACCUCAGAAUUGUAAUUUGUUCCACAUUUUAUAAUGAUGUCAUUUCCAUAUUUGGUUUAAUCACUUUGUCUUUUCCUGCCUCGUCUCUGUCCUUCAGCAAAAUGCCUUUUUAACAGCCCUCAACCUGUUUUUACAUUUCUGUUAUAAAUGUACACGUCUCGUCAGAUGCAGGAUGCAAAGCAUUCUGGUCUAUUGAGGCUUCUGUGGGUGAAGUAACUUGCGUCAUUUGUCUGGUUAAAAAAAAAAAACCUCACGGCUCUGGGAAGCAGCUGUUCUCUGACGCUGAACGACUGACAACAACACCUGGUGGACAAAGAAUAGUCUGACUGGAAAUACGCUUAUUUGCUAGUUAUUAGUUAAUGUAGGGCUACAGCUCUGCAGCCAAUUAGCCUAGCUUAGCAAAGUCUGGAAACAGCUAGCUCUGUCUGAAGGAGGCAAAAUCACUGACCUGCACCUGUAUCGGGUGGCGUGUCCACACUGCAAGAAGUACACACACACACACACACACGUCAGGAUAGCAUUAAUUUAUCAUUUCUCACAACUAAUUACAAAUUAUCUUAGAAUUUCUUAAAUUCCUGUGUUUGUUUUUUAAUUGAAAAGAUAAAUAGUUAAUUAGGUUCAACGCCACACAAACAUUAUGUUUAGCCUCUAUACUCAUACUAAGUCCUCAAAAAGAAAUUGAACUUCCAAAAGUAAACUGAUAACAAAAAGAAACAAAAACACACAUUUAAAAGUACUCAAAAUCAAACAGGUGCUUUAAACUGAGGCCCCGCCUCCUGCUGGGCAGACAGCCAAUCAAACUUUGGGAUAAUGGCACUGGCUUAAUUUAUGCCACUGAUUAGCAUGUCUGUUUGUUUAAGAUGUACUCCAGGCUGUUUCCUGAUGACUGUCAGCGUCCUUGUGUGUUUGCUGGUUGCCUGGCAACUGUCCAAAUAGACGGUAACACCUGUAAUUCUGCAACUUGUCAUUUUAACACUUUGUUUUUAUGUACAGAUUUUAAUCAUCGUACUGUUUGGUGGACUUGUUACCUUUGCACUGCAGCUACACUAGCAGUUUCUAGUCUUUAUGCUAAGCUAAGCUAACUGGCUGUUGUGUCUAUUCUGUCAAGCUGCAUCACAUAGCUGCUGAAAAUUCACCACUAAACAACAAAAAAGACCCAGAAAUCCAUCAGUGCACCGACAAUCACUGCUGACGUCUGGGUGUCAUCUUUAUUUUUCAAAGUAAAUGCAAUCUUUAUACUCACAAUGUGCACAUUUGUAAAAACAGGCCGUCUCUGGCAGAUGAGUGAAUAAAGUUUUGUCAAUGGU